AUGCAAGAGGUUGUUAAGAAGGAAAUCAUCAAGUGGUUGGAUGCUGGAGUUAUUUAUCCCAUUGUAGAUAGUAGUUGGGUGUGUCCUGUUCAGUAUGUGCCCAAGAAAGGUGGGAUUACUAUGGUACCUAAUGAGAGAAACAAGCUUGUUCCAAUGCGGCCCGUGACUGGAUGGAGGGUCUGCAUGGACUACCAAAAAUUGAAUGCUUGGACUGAAAAGGACCACUUUCCUAUGCCAUUCAUGGAUUGGAUGUUGGACCGACUUGAGGGUAAGGGUUGGUGUUGUUUCCUUGAUGGUUAUUCAGGCUACAAUCAGAUUUCUAUAGCUCCGGAAGACCAAGAGAAGACCACAUUCACUUGCCCUUAUGGGACUUUCGCAUUCAAACAGAUGACAUUUGGAUUGUGUAAUGCUCCAGCGACCUUCCAGCGUUGUAUGGUGUCGAUAUUUUCUAAUAUGGUGGAGGACACUAUUGAGGUAUUUAUGGAUGAUUUCUCUAUGGUAGCUGAUUCUUUUGAUCGUUGUCUGGACCAUUUGGCCGAGGUGCUUAAACAGUGUGAAGAGUGCAAUCUUGUGCUCAAUUGGGAGAAGUGCCACUUUAUGGUGAAAGAAGGGAUAGUUCUGGGUCAUCGAAUCUCUGAGAAGGGUAUUGAGGUUGAUAGAGCGAAAGUUGAGGUAAUAGAAAAGCUUCCACCACCUAUCUCUAUUAAAGGUGUUAGAAGUUUUCUUGGGCAUGCAGGUUUCUAUAGGAGGUUCAUUAAGGAUUUCUCC